AUGGACGCGGCUGGCGAGGGGCCCGGCCCCGGGGAGGAGAGCCCUGAGAUGGAUCUGUCCCAUCGGUUCUCCAAGCGAGAGCUCGCCCUGCUCUACGAGGAGGUCCUCUACACCAUCCACUACCGCCUGGGCAAGCCCGAGGACAACCACGUGGCUGACGCCGAGGAGCUCUAUGCCUACGUGCAAAAGGCUUUCAGCAUGGAUGCGGAGGAGCACAGCGUCAUCAUGGAGCAAGUCAAGGAACUGGAGAGCCCAAUUUUUUGUUUGAAAGCAACUGUGAAGGAAGCCAAGGGGAUUUUGGGUAAAGACGUCAGUGGGUUCAGUGACCCAUACUGCCUGCUGGGAAUAGAGUCCAAGAGCCAGGAACGAGCUCAUCAGGAGAACAAGAAGCGGCUAAAAGCUGUGGUCAAAGACCUCAUCCCCGAAGACCAGAUCCAUCGCACCCAAGUCAUAAACCAGACCCUGAGCCCAGUGUGGGAUGAGACAUUUAUCCUGGAGUUUGAAGAUGUGGAAACCGCCAGCUUCCACCUGGACAUGUGGGACUCGGAUGUCAUGGAGUCYGUGCGGCACAAGCUGGGGGAACUCACUGACCUCCAUGGGCUCAAGAGGAUCUUUAAGGAUGCUCGAAAAGACAAAGGUCAGGACGAUUUCCUGGGGAAYGUGGUCCUUCGCCUGAAGGACUUGCACUGCUGGGAUGAUCAGUGGCACCUGCUGGAGCCGCGGACAGAAACCUACCCCAACCGGGGACAAUGUCACCUGCAGUUCCUGCUGACACACAAGAAGAGGGCCACCACAAGCAGCAGGACACAGCCAAGCUACACUGUCCAUCGUCACCUCCUACAGCAGCUGGUGUCCUAUGAGAUCCUGCAGCAUCAGGCUGGCAGCACUGCCUGGGACGGGGAGCUGAGCAGACACGCCAUCACCGUGCUCUACCUGCAUGCCACACAGAAGGAUCUGUCAGACUUCCACCAGGUCAUGGCGCAGUGGCUGGCUUACAGCAAGCUCUACCAGAGCCUUGAGUUCAACAGCAACUGCCUGCUCCACCAGAUCACCAGCAUCGAGUACCAGUGGAUGAAGGAGCGUCUGAGGCCUGAGCAGAAAGCAGAGCUGGCCGAGUCCUUCCAGUCCUUCCUGCUUUAUGGCAUCUCUCUCAUCCGAAGGUUCCGCAUCAUUUUCCCCCUCUCUGUCCCAAGGUCCACCGAGAGGCUCCGGUCCCUGCUCAGAGUCCUGGUCCAGAUGUGCAAAAUGAAAGCCUUCCGAGAGCUCUGCACACUCAGCCCUGACCUCCCUGCAAUGGUCUCCGAGGCUCUCAAGUCAGGAACUACAGAGUGGUUUCACAUGAAGAAGCAGCACCUCAAGCCCAUGAUGAAGAGCAUGGAGGAGAAUGGCAAAGCCCUAGGCAAACUUCUCCUGGAGGUAAUAGGAGAUCUUCAACAGUGCAACAAAACAUGGAAUAAAUUCUUCAUCAGCACCUUGAAACUGAACAUCUUUUCCAUUGCCUACCUGGAGCUGGAGAGCCUGGUUGCGGCGCAUGUACAGGAGCAGCUGAGUGAGAUCGAUAGCAGCAUGUCCAAGCCCACAGCAGAGAGCCUUUUCCAGCUCUACAUGAGCCUACAAGAGCUGUAUCAGAUGAAGGACUUCCUCCCAAAGUGGGAUGGGUCCUUGGCUCUCAGUGACUUCCACCAGUGGUUCAAAGAAGCUGUGCCCCAAUGGCUGCAGAAGGCCUACACAAUUGCACUGGAGAGGACMCAAAAGGCUGUCCAGAUGGACCAGAUGAUGCCCUUCGGGGAGCACAACAAGCACAGCACAUCCACCGUGGACCUGUCCACCUGCUAUGCCCAGAUCGUGAAGACCUGGCAGCAGCUGAACUGGCCGGAUCCAGAGGAAGCCUUCAUGAUCAUGGUCAAGCUUGUGGAGGACAUGUGCAAAAUCGCCCUCAUGUACUGCCGGCUGAUCAAGGCGAGGGCCGAGGAGCUGUCGCAGCGGGAGCAGAACGAGGGCGACGCGGCCAACAGGCUCUGCAUCGUGGUGAACAACAUCAAGCAGCUGCGGCUGCUGAUCCUGAAGCUGCCGUCACAGCUGGACUGGACCCAGCUGGAGCAGCGCACGGGGGACAUCAUCAACCCAGAGCAGAUCCAGCACACGCUGCACAACCAGCUGGACAGCACCAUCUCCUGCCUUGACCACGAGAUCAGGGACGUGGUGCAAGCCCUGGCCGCCAAGCUGGAAGGGGGCAUCGCCAGGCACAUCCAGGAGCUCUCGGCCUCCCACGACACCCGGGAGCCUGAGGAUUCCAUCAUGCCGCUGAUGAAGUUCCUGGAGUCGGAGCUGCAGUAUCUCAAUGAGCAUCUGGUCCAGGAGAACUUUAAAAGCCUCCUCGGUCUCCUCUGGCAUCACACCUUGGACGUGCUCUCGGCGGCUGCGCGGCAGCAGGUCCCCUCGGCCCAGCACUACAGGAAGCUGCACUGCGCCCUGAAGAGCCUGGAGCUCUGCUUUUACGCCGAGGGCUGCGGGCUGCCCCUGGAGACCCUGCACACGGCAGCCUUCCAGUCACUGGAGACCCACCUGGCCCUCUGCUCCGCCAGCAGCCGCAAACUCAUCCAGAAAUACUUCAGCAACAGGAUCCAGCAGCAGCUGGACACCACGUCGGAGAAGUACGGGGCCGUGACGAUUAAAGUGCUCUACCGGCCCUCGGAGCAGAAGCUGCGCGUGGAGGUCCUCAACGCCGUCAACCUCAUCCCCUUGGACUCCAAUGGCUCGAGCGACCCCUUCGUGCAGCUCACSCUGGAGCCGCGCCACGAGUUCCCCGAGGUGGUGGCCCGGACCACGCAGUGCAAGAGGAACGAGCUGCACCCUCUCUUUGAUGAAGCCUUCGAAUUCUUGGUCCCCCCGGAGAAGUGCCGUCAGGAYGGGGCCUGCCUGCUGCUGACUGUGUUCGACUACGACACACUGGGCACCAACGACCUGGAGGGCGAGGCCUUCUUCCCGCUGAGCCGUGUGCCGGGGCUCGGUGCCGGCGAGGAGCAGCCCCCCAGCACCCGCGUGCCCCAGACCCGCCUCCCGCUCACCCACCCCAAGCCGGACGGCGACGAGAUCCUGUGGCUGCUGGAGCAGCGCAAGGGGGACAAGGAGGCGCAGGCCUUCGUCAAGCUCCGCCGGCGGCGAGCCAAGCAGUCCAAGGAGGCGGUGUGA